AUGCCUGAGGACUUUACAUCCGCCUCUGACAAGGAGUGCCGCAUUGGUGGCUAUGUAGUCCUCAGGACAAUAGGUAAAGGGUCCUUUGCCAAAGUCAUGCUGGCCCGCCACAUUGCAACAGGCACCGAGGUGGCAGUAAAAAUCAUCAGCAGGCGGGGCUCCUCUCUGGCUUUCAGAGAAAUUCACUGCUUAAAGAACCUCAACCAUCCCAACAUAACGAAACUGUCUGAAGUCAUGGCGACAGAAAAUGAAUUAUGUCUAGUGAUGGAACACAUGAGCGGCGGUGAGUUAUCCAACUAUAUUGAAAAACAUGGUGCCCGGACGGAAGAGGAGGCCAGGACCAUCUUUAGGCAGCUGGUGUCUGCCUUACAUCACUGCCACCAAAAGGGGUUUGUACAUAGAGAUUUGAAGCCGGAAAACAUCCUGCUGGACUCUGACAAAAAUGUGAAGCUAGCCGAUUUUGGCUUUACGAAGGAGGAAAAACACAACCUGCUGAGCUCCUUCUGCGGGACCGCAACGUUCCCCUUCAAGGGGGAGAACUUCGGGGAAGUGAAGAGACGGGUCUUGAGAGGGUACUUCCUCCUACCCCAUUUCCUCUCGGAGGAAUGCCAACAUCUUCUACAGAACAUCCUGACCCUCGACCCCGCCCAGAGGCCAACCCUGGAUGCCAUCAUGAAGGACCCCUGGGUCAACAGAGGGCAAAAGGAGGGAGUGAACUUAUACAGCGAGCCACUGUGUGGUGAUAUCGACCCCCAGAUCAGCGAACAAAUGAAACACCUCGGGUACACCCAGGAGGAGCUAAGGGAAUCGGUGGCCCACAAAGCCUUCGAUAAUAUCAUGGGCACUUACUUAAUCCUCCGCAGCACAAACAUGAACAACAGAGGCCACACGCUGGCUGUCACAUCUGCCAGCUCCCAAGCACAGGUGGCCACCACAACCUCCAGUGAGCCAAUGGAGCUGGCUCUCACAUCUGCCACCACAGAACCAGAGGUGGUCAUCACGACCUCCAGCCUGGCAUGGAGGGUGGAUGUCUCCAACGCCAGCGGACAAGUGGACACCUGGAGCCUCGGCGUCAUCCUUGAUCAGAUUGUGACGGGGAGGCUCCCGUUCAUGGCCCAGGAGCUGCAGCCGGCAGGAGAGAAAACUAGUAAAUCUACCAAUCUGCCCAUCAACGUGGCAGUGAGGGUGGCCGUCCCUACCACUGGCGUGGCAGCAAGUGGGACUCUCUCCACCACCUGUGUGGCAAAGAAGGUGGCCAUCCCUGCCACCAGUUUGGAAGUGAAUUUGGCUGUCCCAUCAGCCAGCACAGAAGUGUCGUUGGCCAUCCCGACCCCCAGUUUGGAAGUGAUUUUGGCUGUCCCAUCAGCCAGCACAGAAGCAGAGGAGGCCAUCCCAAGCACCGGUGUGGAACGGAGGGUGGGUGUCUCCACCACCAGUGGAGAAGUGAAGGUGGUCAUAAAACCAGAGAGUGUCAAAUCCACGACCACCUGUCCCCUGCCAAAAGGAGGGCAAAAGGAGGCAGUGAACUUAUACAGCGCGCCACUCUCACAAGGGGAGGUGGCCACCAAAACCUCCUUCGUGCCAAUGGAGCUGGCUGACCCAUCUGCCAGCUCCCAAGCACAGGUGGCCACCACAACCUCCAGUGAGCCAAUGGAGCUGGCUCUCACAUCUGCCACCACAGAACCAGAGGUGGUCAUCACGACCUCCAGCCUGGCAUGGAGGGUGGAUGUCUCCAACGCCAGCGGACAAGUGAGCACUGCAGAAAGCCUCUUUAGGCUCCCUCACUACACCCAGGGGUUCAAGCACAGAGAUCUGAAACCUGAAAACAUCCUGCUAGACACUGACAACAAUGUCAAGCUAGCCGAUUUCAGCCUUAGCAAAGAAUUUUGGAAAUGCAAGCUGACCUCAUUCUGUGGGACCAUGUGGUACGUGGCCCCGGAGAUCCUGAGUAGCGAGCCCUAUGACGGCCAGAGGGUCGAUAUCUGGAGCCUCGGAGUCGUCCUUUACCAGCUGGUGACCGGGAGGCUCCCGUUCGAGGGGGAGAACUUUUGGGAAGUGAAGAGACGGGUCUUGAGAGGGUACUUCCUCCUACCCCAUUUCCUCUCGGAGGAUGCCAAGAUCUUCUACAGAACAUCCUGA